AUGUAUUCCUCAUUCGUGGCUCGGGUAGGGCUGGUCCUGGCUGCGAUUUCGGCCACGACCAGUAUGGGCCUGUCGGUAACGCCGUUUCAUCAAGAUCUCAAGCUUUCGGCCCAGAUGGGAAUAAGUCCCGAUGUAAUGCUGAUUCAGAAGAAGUCAAUUCACGAGAUUGCUCAUGAAAGUGAUUCGGACAAUAUCAAUUCUGAAUAUGUCGAUGUUCCUGUUGAUCAUGGCAAUUCCUCCCUUGGCACCUAUCAGAAUCGAUACUGGGUAUCAGACAAAUAUUAUCAGCAAGGUGGACCAGUAUUCAUCUAUGAUGUUGGCGAAGCUAGUGCCGAAUCUUCGGCAAGAAUACAACUAGGCAAUGAUAGUUCGCUCUUAGCCAGCAUGCUGUUCGAGUUUGGUGCAAUGGGAAUCGUAUGGGAGCAUAGGUACUAUGGCGACUCUUUGCCAUUUCCAGUGACAAAUGAUACGCCCCCGGGGCAAUUUGAAUUCCUCAACAACAGGCAAGCUUUAGCCGAUAUCCCAUUCUUUGCAGAAACUUUCUCCCACCCAUCUUACAAGAAUGUCGAUUUGACUCCCUCGGCUACACCGUGGGUGAUGGUCGGAGGCUCUUACUCUGGUAUGCGAGCGGCCUUCACUCGACACGAGUAUCCCGAGACAAUUUUCGCUUCAUUUGCAUCAUCAGCACCAGUGGAAGCUCGCAUCGACAUGAGCAUCUAUUUCGAACAAGUUUAUGCGGCUAUGGUGUCAAAUGGUCGGUUCAACUGUACCCGAGACAUCAAGGCAGCAUACGAAUGGAUAGAUGGCGAGCUAGAAAAAAAUGAGUCCACAGCUGCUGAGGUGAAGAAGCUUUUCUUCGGCGAAGGAGCUGAAGUGAAUAGCAAUGGUGAUUUCACUGCAGCUUUGAGUGGAGUCUACGGCUUUUUCCAGGCAUAUGGCCUCGGUGGCGGGGAAGGUGGCCUAGGCGCUUUAUGCGAGCACAUGGAAACAGAUGAGAGCGGAGAAGUUGCUGGACCUCACGGAUUUGCGCCUUCUCAAGGUAAAGAAUAUGCCGCUAGACGCUUUGCGUCGUGGCCUGUCUUUGUGGAGUUGAUUAACGUUAACUACAAUACCAAUUGUGGCCAGUUGGAUCCAGACCAGCCGUUGGAGUGUGCUUUGAAUCCUAAGGCUACCGACCCUGAUACUAUCGCCUGGACUUGGCAAUUCUGCACUGAGUGGGGAUACUACCAGAGCAACAAUGUCGGUCCCCAUUCGCUUCUCUCUAGAUACCAGACACUCGAUUACAUUCAGUACACUUGCAACAGACAGUUUCCCGAAGCUGUUGAGGAGAAUAUCCUGCCCAAGCAAGCAGAGGUUGAUAAGACGAACUAUCAGACUGGUGGCUGGAAUAUUCGCCCAUCAAAUGUCUACUGGAGCGGUGGUCAAUUUGACCCGUGGCGAACCCUCUCCACUCUAGCUACAGAAAGCAUUGCACCACAAGACGUAACUUUCACCACUGAUAUCCCUAAGUGCAAUGUUGAGACGGGGGAGAAGAUAGUGUUCGGUUACAUCAUGGAAAAUGCAGAACACUGCUUCGAUUUCCGGAUGAACUUUGCGCCAGGUAAUACAUCACGUGGAAUCUUUCAUGAGGCUUUGACGGAGUGGCUUCCUUGUUUUAGUCCUAUCAAGGCCAUAACUGCUUAA